AUGCGCCAGAUCCGCCGGCGUAACUCCUCUGAUCCCACCGAACGCAUCCCACCCGGCGUUGAAGAAGUAAUCUCACGUGGCUCCUGCCAUGUCGGUAAACUCAACGACACAACAGUCUUGAAAUACACCUCCGACUUCAACGACCCAGGCUAUCUGACAAGCAUCAAAGUCGAACACAAGAUCCUGCAGCUGCUUGGCCCACACCCUCACAUCGUCGAAUUGAAGGGCCUUGCUGAGGAUGGUAUCAUCCUGAAAUACUAUCCCAACGGUACACUCCGCAGCUACAUCAAGAACCACCCCUAUGAGACCCUCGAACGCCGUCUCGAAUGGGCCAAGCAGCUCGUCGACACUUUGUCGUUCGUACACGCCAAGCGUGUCGUCCACUGUGAUGUCUGUCUGCACAACGUCCUCCUCGAUGAGAAUCUCAAUGUCAUCCUCGCCGACUUCCAGGGUCUGCUUCUUUCAAGCACCACUGGUAAGCCCCUGCUCGAUGGGUUGACGCGCGAGUCUUCCAAGUCGUUCAUGCCGAGGGAUAAUGUCUACUUUGCGAGUUAUCGUACUGAUCUCUUCGCUGUCGGAUCGGCUAUCUAUCAUCUUAUUGCUGGACAUGAAGUCUUUCCUGAAUUGGAUAGCAUUGAUGAUGAGAAUGUUAUCAAUGCCCGGUUUGUGAAUGGGGUGUUUCCGAGCAAUGACUAUGUCGCUAGUCAUAUUGUGGAGAAGUGCUGGAUGGGACAGUAUGAGUCUGCUGCUGAGAUCUCGGCUGAUAUUGCUGAGGUUCAGGCUAUUAGGAAAGAUGUUGAGGACUCUUUGAAGCAUGGGGAGGAGGAUGCGUUGAAGCAGGGGGCUUUGAACCAUGAGGAGGUUUUGAAGCAUGAGUCGGAUUCUGAAUCUGAGGAGGUUUCCAAGGAUGAGGAGGAUGAGGACGAAGAUGCUGAGUACGAGGAGGAGUUGUGA